GGCAGGGGGGGCUGCGGUGCUUCCUGGGAGCCGGAGCUGGCACAGCCCGCAGUCUGCACUGCGGGGCCGGCGCCAGCAUGGACGGGAUGGACGUGUGGGUCAGCACCCUGGCCCAGCUGAUGGCCAAGAGGAAGCCCGAGGACACCUGGGAGCUGGUCCUGGAGGAGAACCUGGCCUCGGGGCAGCUGGACAGCGGCAGUCACGAGUACCGGCUGAGGGGGCUCUCCAGGCUCCAGUGCAGCCGCUGCCAGUGGGGCUGGUCCUCUGCCCACGUGCACAUCCUAUUCCACGUGCGAUGGGACAAGGACCGCCGCCUGGGGCUGGUGAAGAUGCGGAUCUGGGCCCAGGCGUGCCAGCUGUGCCCGCCGGACGCCCGGGGCGCCUGCCAGGUGAGCCUGCUGAACGUGCGGCUCUUCCUCAACAAGCUGGUCCUGUUCGUCCUGCAGCAGUGCUACCAGGAGAGCAUCAGCUCCGACCAGUGCCCCGAGGUCUGCUUCGGGGACCACUGUGAGGCCUGCGACCUGGGCGUCUGCUUCUUCCAGAAGCCCCCGGACCCCGCCUGGGAGCCCGCGACCAGGAGCCCCAGCGCCGUCCAGGCCAUGCCAGCCCUGGGCGGCGCCGUGGCCAGCCGUGCCUGGGACUUCAUCCCCCCGUCUGCGCCCGAGCCCCUCUCUGAGAGCAGCGGCUUCUUCAGCGAGGACGCGGACAUCGUCACGGUCCCCUUCACCCUGGUCGGUGCGGGGAAGGACCAGGGCACCGCUGGCCCUGGGGAGGGCCCCCCCGGCGAGGCCGGUCCCCAGGGGCUCAUGAUCAUCGGCGGCGGCGGCCCCGCCGACCAGCCUGCCAGCCUCGGGGCCGUGCCCACCAGCGUGAGCAUCCUGGUCAACAUCAAGACCCCCAUCCUCCAUGGCAAAGGCCACCUGCUCAAGAACAUCAAGUCCUUCCAGGUCAAAGGCUUCAUCUUCAAGGGCUUUGGCUCCCGUUUGGGCCAAGCCCCGGGCCCAGACGCCGAUCCCAGCAGCGACGGUGCGCCCGCCGGAGACGCCACCCUGCCCGUGCCCUACGUCCUGGGCCUCACGGAGAAGGGCGAGGGCUCCAUCACCUUCCCCUUGUCCCUGGCCAACGUCACCCGGGGCCCCAGCCCCCUCCUCGACCUCCACAGCUCCCUGACCUUCCCCUUCGUCGUCUCCGACCAGAGCCAGGGCGGGGCAGAGCGCGGCUCGGACCCUGCCCUCAGCCCCGCGUCCUCGGGCAGCCGGGGGUCCCUCAUCAUCCCCUCCUCCGUCUUCAGCACCAUGCAGCUCGGGGGCCCGCCAGGCAGCGGCUGCCGCAGGAGCAGGCACUGCGACAGGCACCGGCGCCGCCGGGCCCGGAGGCCUCGGUCCCAGCCCCGCCCGGAGGAGGACUUCUUGGAGGUGGAGGACAACUGGUGCUGGCAGGGUUUGGAUCCCUACGAGGAUGUCUGGGUCUGGAUGUGCAUGAUCUUCUUCGUCCUCUGGACCUUGUACCUGUGCUCGUCUUGAUCGUCCCCACAGCGUCUCUCCCUCCGCAGGGCUGCCCAGACCCAAAGCAAAAUGCUGCUCCCCACCAGCCCCCGCUGCUCCCCCCCCACCCCCACCCCCACCCCCGACCCGAGCUGAGGCCUCCCAGUGCGCACAGCUGCUCCCUGGACCUCUUGCUUCUGUGUUCUCUCUCUUGACGUGACUCAAGCAGUGGUUCCGUGAUGCCCACGUGUGAUGCCCACGUGUGAUCAUGCCCCUGUGUGAUCCCCAGCUGUUCCUGUGUGUGCAGACAUGUGUGUGUGUGUGUGUGUGUGUUACACGCCAUUACAAUAAAAGUCAAAAAGAGAAGACC